AUGGAAGGGACAUCUAAAUCUAUGGAAGAUAUUUCCGAUCCGGAUUUUUUCGAUAAUAUUAAAGCAGAUAUAGAGAAGCAACUGGAUAAAAUGAAGAAAAUAGUUAACAAUAUCAACCAAAUGAGAGUGGAAGCAGCAUACUUACAAUCGGAUUUGAUCUUGAUGAUCGAUGCCCAUACAUGGGAAGAAAUAUCCGAACUCAUUGGACUUCAAACCUCUUCAAUGACGAUGAACAGUCUCACUGAUACUGAAGACAAAAAAUAA